ACAUUAUUAUGACGUUACUGGAUGCAUUUUUUUUUCAUCUUAUCCUGGCAGUUGGGUUAAGCAUCUUUACGGAAACACGACCUGUUACACUGUACGUCCCAGUGGUACAGUAAUUAAUAUAUAAUACGCCUGAUAAAUGUAACAGCAGUCUAGAAGUUACAGUAUAAUUAUUAGUUUAUUAUAAAUAUAAUAAACCCGAGGCCUGCUUUUUGAGUCUCUCGUUUUGUCCACUCUCUCUCCCUCUCUUUGGCUUUACGAUCUGUCAUCUUAUUUUACACGAGGUUGCCUCGUAGCUUUACUUCAUUGUAAUCUUCGGAAGCGAAGAAAUCACAUCAAACACGUCUUUACCAAGCAGUCACUGUUAACUGAAACAUGCUCACCUAUUUUAACGUGUAAUGGGAAUCGCUAGAGAGAAUUGGAGAGCUAGCUUAAAGCAGAGAAAGUGGACUAAGAGAGCUUUCUUUUAGCAGAGGUGGAAAGCACGCGCCUUGGUGUUUUCUGGAGGUACUGCGGCGUGAGUAAAGCGGGUAUUUCUGGCAAAUGUCAUCUUCCUAUGGGAUAUAUAAGGUAACGGAACAGAAUAACAUUUGGGUUAGGUGACUAAGACUCAAGCUGAAGCACUUGGUCCAGUUGUUUGUCAGCUGCUGGUCUGCCUUAGAUGUUCAAUACCUCGUUAUUCCACAAGAGGGCGGUAUCGUAUUGGUGUGUCCGCUGAGAGAAGUUCCUGCUCUUCUAGACGUCAACCUUAGUGGCUCGCAGGCUUUAAAGUUAUACUCACAUUAUUAAAUGUAUGACCGCUGAUAUUAAUAUAGUUGUAUGACAGAACUCAGUUGGUCACUAAACUAUAACCUAACACAGAGGCACCAUAAACUGUUAAUUGAGGCAGUCAAGAGCUCUGCAAGGCAAAGGUUCUAUGCACUGCAACCUCCCUUUAUCACUGAAUAUAUUUGAUUUUAUUUAAAUUAGUAAGUAAAGUCAGCAUUACAUGCUGUUACUAAUACGUUUAGCUUAUAUUAUAGUGUGUUUACAGUAUUAGUUUUAGGUUAAGUGUUAUUUCAGCCGAGACUUUGUAAGCCUCCUGUGCAUCACUGUCGCCAUAGCGAGAUGGCUGAAUGUUUGGCAUAGAAACCAGUUCAGGCUUCUUGUUUCGAUGUGGCUUUCUUGCUCUGCAGCUGUCCUCUCGAUGAAGAUUAAAGCGACAGUGACACUACCAAACCAUUACAGUUCAGAUUAGAGGAGAACACUCAAUUCUCUUUCCCCUGUUGGUUCCCUGUAUAAUAUAAAAAAGUGAAUAAAGAGAAAUGAAGUCUGGUCAGAAUCCAUGUUCCAAAAUAUUUGGAAAAGCUUUCAUGUUGCUUUGUAUUAUAUCUAGUAGCUUCUCUAAGCUGCUUGAUUGUUUUUCUGUGCACUGAAAAGCAAUUAGUCCAUCUCCUCUGAACUCUGAGCAUAAUGAUUUGUUUGUCUGUACAAGUUGUGGCUAGGGAGGAGUGGAAUGGCGUGCAUGUGUGUGUGUGUGUCUGUGUGCGUUUCCCAGGGCUGUUCCCCAGACCGUCAGCUGAUAGAGCAGCAGUGGUAGUGUUGGGUUUCAUCAUGCUGUUUAUUCCCCAGUCUUCACUGUGAGUGAAAACAGGGAGGGGACUUUGCUCUUCGGGCAUGUGUGUGUGUGUGUUUGCUGUGGUGCUGACAUCUCUAGACUCGGUAUAAGGCACACAGAGGCACUGUAUGUCCCCACAGGGUAAAAGCACAUCAGCUCCCCUCUACCCUUCCCCUCUGUCAUCCCCGCACCCCCUUCAAUUUCUCUUCACCUCCCCAACACAGCCUGAGGCGUCUCUGUUGUGAAUUCAGCCAACUGCAUCAACAUCAGAGGAGAAUAAUCGCUGGCUGUGUGACUGCGCCGCACUCUUGUUAUUUAUUUCUUUGUUUUGUCUUGUUUUGGGUUGUUUUUUUUCCACCCUCUAGUUUGUUUCUUCUCUUGUCGCUCUCUUCUGGUUCCUCUUUCACCUCCGGCCACAUACUGCGACACUGACUGCCAAAGACAGAUGACCCAAGCUUGGCAUGUGUCUGUGUGUUUAUAUAUGUGGGUGUGUGUACCAGGAGUGGUGUGGUCUGGUUCUAACCCGGUGCUAUUAAUACACCCUAAUGAACAUAAUCUGGAGGGCAGGUUAUCCUCUUAUGUUUGUUGGCUGGGCGUCUAAUGGGAGGAGCAGCGAGUUAGUGAAAGAGGAGGGAAAUGCUGUGCUGUAGUUUCACACUGAGUGCGCCUCCUCUACCAAGCUGCAGUGCCUUCUCUCUCGCUCUGUUGAGAGAAUGGAAGAAAUAGAAAGCUAAGCAAAUGUUUAAAGUUUCGUUUCUCAUCCAAGCCGAUUCCCAUGUAUAUUAACCACCUUCUGUCGCCACCUCUCUGGAUGUGAUGCUCCAGAGAGGAGCGCUGUUAAGUGUGUGUUUGAGUGCAUAUGAAUAUGUACACUGAGUAUACCGGCUGACAAUAGUAUAGGAUUAAAACACAACUUUUGGAGUACAAACACUGGAAGCUUCCCAGUUAUGAACACUCUACCAGCUUACUCAGGAGCUAGAAUAUCUGGCUGUUGGACGCUAAGAUCUGAUGGCAGUGGAGGUGGCGAGGGGUCGCUCGACCGUCUCCUCCCCUCGGUAAGCACAGGCCUCUCGCCCAGGAAAAGGACAACCAGCCAGUGUAAGUCAGAGCCUCCUCUGCUACGCACCUCCAAACGAACAAUCUACACUGCUGGUCGCCCACCCUGGUACAACGAGCAUGGAACACAGUCCAAAGAGGCAUUUGUCAUUGGCCUGUGUGGUGGCAGCGCUUCAGGAAAGACAACUGUAGCAAGGAAAAUCAUAGAAGCUUUAGAUGUACCCUGGGUUGUACUACUCUCAAUGGACUCUUUUUACAAGGUCCUGUCCCCAGAGCAGCAGGCAAUGGCUGCCAGUAACGACUAUAACUUUGACCACCCAGAUGCCUUUGACUUUGAUUUGCUGACACACACCUUGCGCAAACUCAAACAGGGCAAGAGCGUGAAAAUCCCUGUGUAUGACUUUACAACUCACGGGAGACAAAAGGACUGGAAAACAGUUUAUGGAGCCAGUGUUAUCAUCUUUGAGGGAAUCAUGGCCUUUGCAGAUAAAGAACUGUUGCAGUUGCUGGACAUGAAGAUCUUUGUGGACACAGACUCUGACAUCCGCCUGGUGCGCCGAUUGAGGAGGGACAUUACAGAAAGGGGCCGAGAUAUCGAGGGGGUCAUCAAGCAGUAUAACAAGUUUGUUAAGCCAGCUUUUGAACAAUACAUUGAGCCUACCAUGCGACUGGCUGAUAUCGUGGUGCCACGUGGAGGUGGCAACAUGGUGGCAAUCGACUUGAUCGUACAGCAUGUUCACAGUCAGUUGGAGGAGAGGAAACUUCGCUGGGAUAUGGCAGCCCUGGCUUCUGCACACCAGGCCCAACCCCUCCCCCAGACCCUCAGCGUUCUGGAGAGCACACCUCAAGUCAGGGGCAUGCACACCAUCAUCAGAAACAAGGAGACCAGUCGCGAUGAGUUCAUCUUUUACUCUAAGAGGUUGAUGCGGCUGCUGAUUGAGCGAGCCCUCUCCUUCCUCCCCUCACAGGUCCACAUAGUGCAGACCCCCCAGGGAGAGGAUUACGAAGGCAAGACUUUCCACGGAAAGAGGAUCACAGGGGUGUCCAUCCUGAGAGCCGGGGAGACCAUGGAGCCGGCUCUGAGGGCCGUAUGCAAAGACGUCCGCAUCGGCAAGAUCCUCAUCCAGACCAACCAGGACACUGGAGAGCCAGAGCUCCAUUACCUUCGUCUACCGAAAGACAUCAGUGAGGACCACGUGAUUCUAAUGGACUGCACUGUGUCCACUGGAGCUGCUGCCAUGAUGGCCGUGCGAGUCCUGCUGGAUCAUGAUGUUCAAGAGGACAAGAUCCUGCUGGUUUCUUUGCUCAUGGCUGAAAUGGGAGUCCAUUCUGUUGCUUACGCGUUCCCGCAGGUCAAAAUCAUCACCACGGCUGUCGACAAGAAAGUCAACGAUCUCUUUCACAUCAUACCUGGAAUAGGAAACUUUGGAGAUCGGUAUUUUGGAACAGACGCACCGCCUGACUGGAGUGAUGAAGACAUGGAUGAGCCCAGUUACUAAAUCAAUUGCUGUCAGUUGACUUACUUUUUGAGAGUCAGGGCUGUGCUCCUGGACGAUAUGAAGACAUACCAUUUGCCCCCGUAUGGCUGCUGUUGAAAAAAAAAAAGACUAAAGAGAAGAAAAAUGUUGCUUAUUUGUAUC